GUUUUUCAACCGAGGCAAAACUUUCUGCACGUGACUUUCUCUUCAAAGCUUCUCAAUUUUCUCUCUCUCUCUAAAUAAACCAGAUCAUUCUCUUCCUGCAGUUUCAUCAUAACCUAAUUUACAGAUUGUUGUGUCCAAGUGAAAACUUUGGUGCUUCAGAUUAGGAAAGACGAAAAAUAGCCCCUCUUUUUGUGGGUGAAAUUGCAACUUUGGAGCAUCGACUGUGGUGUCGUGUGUAGUUAAGUUUGGGUUUCUGAGUUUCUGGCUUGCUGAGUGACAUACAGAUACAGUUAGUAGAAAAGGUGUAUGAUAAGGCAACAAGGUACUACAAGGAGUGUGUAUUGGUGAUACUUUCAGGUGUAAGGCAGAGAAAGAAGUAGUUCAGGAAAGAUGCAGAAGCUAGGCGAAUUCAAGCUGCCUAACUUCUUUAAUUAUCCACCCUACUUCACUUUGCAGCCUGUGAGGGAAACUAGGGAGAAGCAGAUACAACUAUGGAAAGAGCUCAUAAUUGAUUUCUGUCGAACCCAAAAGAUCUUUGUAAUUGCGCUGGAGGUAGACUUUCCAUUGUUCAGUAAUGCUGCUAUUGAAAGAUCUCUGAGUCAUGAAGCUAGGGAGGCAUUUCUCUCGGCUUUGGUUUCUGAUGGUCGUGCAGAAUGGAUGGAUAAAGGUCAUAGAAAAUGCCUAGUUCUAUGGCAUCGUAUUCAAGACUGGGCAGACUUGAUUGUAAACUUUGUGAAGGAGAAUGGGCUGGAAGACAGUGUUAUGACAGUUGAAGAAAUACGUUCUGGGGUGGAGUCCCGUGGAACAGAGCUUCAUGGAAUAGACCGUACAGUUCUUAUGCGAGCUUUGAAGGUGCUGGAACAUAAAGGAAAGCUUGCAAUAUUUAAGGGAACAUCAGCUGAUGAUGAAGGUGUCAAAUUUUCUGUGUAAACCACCUUGGUGGACUAUAUUUUUUUUGUGUACGAUGAUGGAGAAAGUUCGUAUCUACGAGCACGUAUGAAUUGCUUUAUGGAGUGAAACUGGAGAUAAAAUGGUUUCAUGUUAUGAUACAGAUACCUUACUGGACUAUUUUAAUUCCAGGUAGAAUGAACAUUGAGUUCUUACUUGA